AUGGCUGUACUCGGAACGGACCUCAGUCCCACGCAACCCUCCAUGGUCCCGCCAAACGUCCGCUUCGAAAUCGACGACUUCACCGAGCCAUGGCUCUACAAGAAAGACCACUUCGACUUCAUCCACAUACGAUCCCUCUUCGGCUGCGUAGCCGACUGGCCCGCCUUCUACAAAGAGUGCUAUGACCAUCUCCAACCCGGCGGCUACAUCGAACAACUCGAAUUCUCCGUCGUCCCCAAAUCCGACGACGGCACCGUAACCCCCGGCUCCAUCUACGACCGCUGGGGCAAGCUCUCCCUCGAACUCGGCGACCGCUUCGGAAAGUCGCUGCGCACCGCCGACGAACAGCGCGCGGGGAUAGAAGCCGCGGGCUUUAUAAACGUCGUGGAGCAUCGCUGGAAGUUGCCUGAUUAA